CAGGAGCCAAGUCAGACGGUCCUCCUGGAGAAGUGUCAGAACAAAAUCCUGAGUAAAAAGAGAAACUGCACUUAGACAAUGGAAAACCAGAUUUCAGAAGACCCACCUCCAAAAGUUUGCAAGGACACCAUACUAAAAGAGGAGACCCUCUUGAAAGGAAAAUGGUUACAGCUUGCAGAAACAACAUAUGUCGAUCAAAAUGGACAAACCAGAACCUGGGAAACUGUAAAACGAACAACAAGGGGUGAAGGAAGUUUGGCUGAUGGUGUAGGAAUAAUACCUGUCUUACAGAGAACUCUGCACUAUGAGUGUAUAGUGCUCAUCAAACAGUUCCGACCCCCAAUGGGCUGUUACUGUCUGGAAUUUCCUGCAGGACUCAUUGAUGAAAAUGAAACUCCACAACAGGCAGCUUUGCGGGAGCUUGAGGAAGAGACUGGGUACAAAGGAGAAGUCAUUGAGUGCUCCCCAGUUGCUUGCUUGGAUCCUGGCUUAUCUAAUUGUACAACAUAUGUUGUCACUGUACAUAUUAAUGGGGAUGACCCUGUAAAUAACAAACCUGAACCCAAACUUGCGGAUGGAGAAUUUGCUGAAACAAUUCUGCUUCCCAGGAUGGAACUGCGUAAGCGUAUUGACGAACUUGUGGCAAAGGAGAAGCUUGUGGUGGAUGCUAGAGUUUAUACAUAUGCCUUAGCCCUGGAGCAUGCUGUAGCAAAACCAUUUGAGCUCCCAUUCCUAAAGGGUUAGCACUGCUUGCAUAUAUAUGUCUUCUGGAUCGAGUCAAAGCAGAACUGCAAACUGAGCAACAUUCCCUAAAUAGAAAGUAAAAUGGGCUAAUGGAAUACACAUGAACAGAACAUUUUAGUAACAUAAAGAAUCUAAAACUACUGCGGUGGAAGUUUGUGUUUCAUGAUGUUCCUAGUGCUAAGCGUUUUACCAUAUUGUUUAUUUUCUUUUCUAGUUUUAGUUCUCUCUUGGUUUAUAACAAAAGAAAAAAUAUAUAGAUGAUGUAUACAAAGCUGUGCCCCAUUGAGUUACUAUUUGUGUAUUGGGCUUCUGCACUGCCUUGAGCAGUUGUACAGUUUCACAUGCAUUAGGUACUAACAGGGUAGUGUAAAAAAUCAUAAAUGGAAAAAUUAUUUGCAUAAAUAAAUUCCCAUUACCUAUAAUACUCUUCAUUAUACAGUUCUUAUGUGAAUUUUAAUUGCACAUGCCUGAUUAAAUGUCAUUAAGAAGUUUUGUUAAAUACAUUAAGUUUUACAAAGGAAACAUUUUUGAAUACACUUAUUUUUGGUAAUUACUUUUAUUACAUAAUAAUUUUCUUAAGGGAGAAUGAAAGGCAGAAUCACUGGGGAAUGCCAGUCAUGCUAGUGACUUACUUCUUAGCCAGUGGCACUUUUCCUCUAAGUGUCAUGCCACUAUAUUUUGCCACUUUAUCAGGGAUUCCCUGAGUGAGAGUAUACACAAUAAAGAACUUCACCAGUGUUGGUAUUGUACAUGUAUACAAUGGGUGCAGGGUAUGUCUGGGAAAUUGAAAAUGUAUUACGUUGUGCUCAGAUAAAAUGUAACCUUGGCUAUUACUGUUCUUUAUAAAAAAAAAAAAGAUGUGCCGGCCAAGUGUAGGAAUUAAGCAAUGUCGUCCUUCACAGUUAUUUGGUUUUUCAUACUCUUUUAGCAACAAAUCUCCAGGUUUUGCUCACCCAUGAAGCUGAUGUCCCAUGCGUACGCAUUGUGGUACUCGUAUAUGUUCUUGGUGGCUUUCAAAAUGCCAUUGAGAUAAAAACAGUUCUUGAAUGUAAGUUUGGGCUUGGUUACUAUGGCAUUUACACUGCAAUACUGUAAACCCUAGCAAAUAGAUCAUACAUGUAAUAUACAAAGAGGUUCAUUUCCAAUACUAAAUCAGAAAGCCAGUUGGGAAUAUUUUUCCUAAAACAUGAUCAAUCUGUUGCAAUCAUCCAUUACACAUUCAUGUUCCUCUUUACUUUGAGUGCUUGUCAUUUACAUAAUGUAUCAUGGUACAAGAAUAUGAGUUCUAGCAAAAGGUGAUUCAUGACACUCCUAAAUAUUAGCCUCCACCUAUUUACAUGUCAUUCUGUAUGUCCAAUAUUAGUGAAGGCAAUAUAAAUUUAAAUAAGAAAUGUACUGUAUUUGACAAAGUUGUUGGUAUGGGACCUGUUUUUUCGAAUGCUCGGGACCUGGGGUUUUCUGGAUAAGGUACCUUUCUGUAAUUUGGAUCUUCAUAUCUUCACUCUACUAAAGAUCCUUUAAACAUUAAAUAAACCCAAAAUGAUUGUUUUCCCUCCAGUAAGGAUUCAUUAUAUCUUGGUUAGUAUCAAGUACAAGGUAUGGUUUCAUUGUUACAGAGUAAACAAAUCAUUUUUAAAUCUAAUUAAAAUACAUUAUAUGGGAGAUGGGCUUCCUGGAAAAACAGAUCCUAUAUCUAUACUUGUUUAUGGGUUUUUAUGACCAGUUCUGAAUGUCAGUUCACCACAAUAAAUAAUCAUUUAGUUCUUCCUGCCUAGUCCACAGGCAAUAUAGUAUUCAUUUCUGAAAGCACAUUGGCUACAUGGAGGCUGUCAUUUGUUCUUUAUGCUUGUGCAACCUUUAUUGUCUUGUUUAACAGCUACUAGUAGCAGCUACCAGUCAGUAAUUCUCAGUAUUGUAGCUGCUACUAGUGGCUCUGUGUGUCUUCACCCUAAAAAGUUUACUCACUGUAAGAGGUUUAGCCUCAGGAAGUUUAAUUAUGAACAUGAAACUGCCUUAAAUGUACAUUGUUCUGAAUGGAAUAAGGUUUAAUUCUGUGUAUUAAAUGUAGGGAUGCACUGAAUCCACUAUUUUAGAUUAGGUCGAACCCCUGAAUCCUUAGCGAAAGAUUCGGCUGAAUACCGAACCGACUCCUAAUUUGCAUAUGCAAAUUAGAGAUGGGAAGGGGAAAACAUUUUUUACGUCCUUGUUUUGUGACAAAGGCAAGCAAUUUUCCUUCCUGUCCCUAAUUUGCAUUAGGAUUUGGUUGGGCCUGGCAGAAGGAUUCGGACAAAUCCUGAACAGAAUUCUGGAUUUGGUGCAUCCCUAAUUAAAUGUUCUUCCAGUCUGAGCCAUUUGAGUAUAAUUUAGGCCAUAUUACUCAGUGGUGCAGUUAGUAGUGUUAAGAAAUAUGCAGUAUGCAUAAAUUACUGGCUCGUUCAGCUUUGUGUCUUUGUAAGAAUGUUCCUUCUAGAGAAUUCUAAGCAUUUUGAACAAAGUGCAUUCUCAGGACACAUUUGCUAUAGAACAAACUACUUAACUGAAAUAAGCUUUAUAAAUGACUUUUUUUUUACAAUAAAAAAAAGUUCAAAUGGA